AUGAAGUCUUCGCUUGGUAUGCUUCGGAGAUUCGAACUGCACAGAAACGAUGCCAAAGAUAAGAGAGACGUUCAACCUUUGGCUCAGGUCGAUGAGCUCGCUCAGGCUGCUCAGGACAUGCAAGAUAUGAGAAAUUGCUAUGAUGGCUUACUUUCUGCAGCUGCUGCUACAGCGAACAGCGCAUAUGGUAAAUACUCUGCUUAA